AUGGCCGUCUACACGUUCUACAUCUUCGACCGCCACACCGAGUGUGUCUACGUCAAAUCAUGGGCACCGCCCGACCAAGAAGCCCCCGCGCCCGCCAUCUCCACCAGCUCAGACGACGCCAAGCUCGUCUUCGGAACCGUCUUCUCCCUCCGCAACAUGGCCCGCAAGCUCGGCGGCGACGACGACGCCUUCAUCAGCUACCGGACGGGCCAGUACAAGCUGCACUUUUACGAGACGCCCGCGAACCUGCGCUUUGUCAUGAUUACGGAUACCGCGUCGGCGAGCAUGCGGAAUGUGCUGCAUCAGAUCUAUAUCAACCUAUGGGUGGAAUAUGGUAUAUGA